UGUGUGAAAAAAUAUCUCGACCGGCAUUUCACAGAUUGCGGCCAUCUUUCUUGCUAUCAAUUUUAGUGCUGAGAAAGUGACGGGAUUCUCUCCAAAAUGUUGUCCCGUCUGGCUAUGAGAAAUGGCUCUGCCAUAGCAUCUAUUGCAUUAAGAUCAUCAGCACCAUGUGUAUCAGCAGCUCCACAGAAGAUGUUGCUCUCUACCUCCACACCCCAACGCAUGCCUAAUAAGAUGCCUGAGGAAGCAGGAAAGAUCAGGUUUGGUUUCGUCCCUGAGGAGUGGUUCCAGUUCAUGUACAAGAAGACUGGUGUCACAGGACCCUACGUGUUUGGAACCGGUUUGAUCCUGUUCCUCCUGAACAAAGAGAUCUACGUGAUGGGACCUGAGACCGUCCAUGCUGCGGUGGCGCUCGGCCUGUUUAUCUAUGGUAUCAAGAAAUUGGGACCAGGCAUAGCAGAAUGGGCUGAUAAGAAGAGAGAGGAGACGCUAGCAGAUGCCUACGCAGGACGCAACGCCAACAUCGCAGCAUACAAGGAUGCCAUUGAACAUGAGAAGACUGAGCAAUGGAGACUGGAUGGAAGGAAACAGCUCUUUGAUGCAAGGAGGGAGAACGUAGCUAUGAGAAUGGAGAUUGAAUACAGAGAAAGACUGCAGCAGGUAGCACAGGCAGUCCAGAAGAAGAUGGACUACCAUGUUGAGCUCGAGAAUACCAAGAGACGUCUAGAGCAGCAGCACAUGGUCAGAUGGAUUGAACAGAAUGUUGUCAAGAGCAUCACACCACAACAGGAGAAGGACAUCAUGUCUACAUGUAUCUCAAAUCUGAAGAACCUCGCUCCUACAGCAUGAGAAAAAUAAUCUUCUAGUCGUGUAUAAAAUAUUCACCUGUUCCACGGUUUCUACCAUAAUGUUUUCUGUGCAGAGUAUAUUGAAAGUGUGUAAUGUAUUUUGCCUCCCUGAAUGAAUGAACAGUUGUUAUGCAAACAUCAUGCUCGACUUGGAAUAACAAAUUCUAGAAUUAUUUAUCGAGACGUCCAUAUCGCAGGAUGCGUUUUGAAUAUAAAGUUGAAUCAAAUUCAUAACCAGUGCCCUUUAGUUUCUGAAAGCCUAUUGGAUUCUUAGAGUAUUGGUCAGGAAUUUGCUGGUUUGGUUGAAUAAGAAAUGAAAGAAUUUAACUUAAAAUUUCAUCCUUUCUCUUACUUCUUUGUG